GGGCCCGGUGCCGCAGCCGCACCUGCGCCUGCGCCGCCGCCCCCGGUGCCGGUGCCGCCGCCGCUCCGUGCCGGCCCCGCGGGGCUCCGCGCUGCUUCGGGCGGGCCGAGCGGCGGACCCGGCCGCGGCCGAGCUCAGGGUCAGGAUGGCCACCUCAACUCUGGAGAACCAGCUGCAGAGUGCCCAGAAGAACCUGCUGUUCCUGCAGCGGGAGCACGCCAACACCCUGAAGGGGCUGCACGCGGAGCUGCGCCGCCUGCAGCAGCGCUGCACAGAUUUAACCUAUGAACUGACUGUAAAGAGUUCAGACUUGUCAGAAAGUGGUGGUUCAAGAAGUGAUGAACUCAAAAGUAAGUGCAAAGAUCUGGAAGCUCAGCUGAAAAUCAAAGAAGCUGAAAACAGUGAAUUGUUGAAAGAACUUGAACAAAAGAACGCGAUGAUCAUGGUGCUGGAAAACACUAUUAAAGAAAGGGAAAAGAAGUAUUUGGAAGAGUUAAAAAUGAAAAGCCAUAAGCUCAACAUGUUGUCCAGUGAACUGGAGCAGAGAGCGAGCACGAUUGCGUAUCUGACCUCGCAGCUGCACGCGGCCAAGAAGAAGCUGAUGAAUGCCAGCGGGACUUCGGAGGGGACCCCCUCUGGCAGCCCCGUGCUGUCCAGCUACAAACCGUCCCCUCCCAAGGACAAACUGCCGGAGACGCCGCGGCGCAGGAUGAAGAAAAGUCUGUCCACGCCGCUGAACCCCGAGUUCGAAGAGGCCUACAGAAUAGGGUCGGAGAGCCGGAAGCUGGUGCUGCGAGAGCCCGUGGAUGCCAUGCCCGAUCCCACCCCCUUUCUGCUGGCCAGGGAAACAGCAGAGGUGCAUCUGAUCAAGGAGAGGCCGUUGGUCAUUCCACCGAUCCCUUCGGAUCGCGCGCCCGGCGAGUCGCACAGCCCCGCCCGCGAGAAGCCGCACAAGGCGCACAUCGGGGUGGCUCAUCGCAUCCACCACGCCGCGCCUGCCCAGCCGCAGGAGGUGGAGACCCUGGCAGUGGAUCAGGUCCAUGGAAACAAAGUGGUCAGAAAGCACCCGGGGACAGACAGAACUGUCUGAGAGCACCACAGCAGCGCUGUUCCGUGCUGGUUAUGCACUGUGAGCCUGUAGGGUAAAUAGCACCUGCGGUGAAGUUUCUUUUGAUGCCCCAUGCAUGCCAAACUCCUCCCGGGUACAUCAUUAAUACAUUCUGCUCUAAUGAAACCUCCUAGGACUGUGUUCAUAUGGCAUAUGGUAUAUAACCACUCCAUGCUGUGGCCAAAUCAGGGGGACCUGACCGCUUGCUUCCAAGUGUUGCUCCAUUUAGUGUAACUGCACGUGUGGACCGAGGCGUGGGCUGUGUUGGUGAGCGCUCUUAGAGAGGACACCCCUCCCUCACACUGCAGCCACACGUGGUUGCUGGUGAUGUUUGACCUGGCAGGGGUUCUCUUGUCUCCACUGUGUGUGUGAGCACUCCAGAGCCAUCACUGACCUCUGCCACAGCCGCUCUCGCAGCAGCACUGAAGGUUGGGCACGUGUACGUUCACUUUAAUGACCUAAGGAUGUCCCCAGAGCCCCAGCAAGCACUACUUGAUUAAUCCUAAAUACUUUGGUUUGUGGCUUUAAGUAAAAUAUGGGUGGGGAAAGCAUCAUUUUAUGAGGGUUAACAACUCUCAUAGGAAGAGUAUGAACACUGGGUUGUUUGUGGGGAUCGUUUUGGGUUUUUUUUAAUCAAAUAGCUUCACAACACAUUUUAUGCUAGUCAGUACACUGCACUUGUAGCACCUUCCAUACUGGCUCCGAGCUCCUUUUCAGGGAGGAAAUGUAACUGGGUAUCCAAUAUGGAAAUGGUUCUUUAUGCUCUAACCUGCACUUUUUUUGUAAAGGGAUUCUUUUUGUUUCCUAAAAACCUUAUUCUUGUUCUGGGCAUCAUCAGACCAGUGCCGGCUGCUGCCAGCCUAGAAACCUGAGCUGCCCUUCUAAAAUGUGAGUAUUUAGUUGUAAGUGAUGUAACUGAUCCAUACAGGAGAACCUGGCAUCCUUGAUUUCUGUCCUUGUGGAUUGGGAUGGACUUGCCUUGCACUUGACCAGAUUCCCCUACUCCUUUCUAGUAAGUAGCAGGUAGACCCAACAGCUGUUAGACUACUUGAUUCUUUUUUUUUUUUUUUUUUUUUUUUUUUUUUUUUUUUUUUUUUUUUCUAGGAAAGAAAGGCAUACUAGGAGCUGGGAGGGUAUGUAGUUUUGGGAUAGGAGCACUAGUCCAUUUUUCUUACAUUCUGUUCACCUCUGCUUCACUCUUGUCUGCAGCCUUUAAGUAGGACCAGCAAGAAACACUGGCUCCCAAAUGCUGCUAAGCUUAUGAUGUGCCUUUAAAAAUUUGGAACGUGUAUUCUCUGUGACAGCUGAUGAAGGAUCCCUGCCUGCCCCGUCCCCUCCCCUUGCCAGCUGUAGUUUGCCCCUUGUAAGCUUUUCCUGCAGCUGUGUUGGUGUGUGUCUCCCUGCAGGGCCAGGCCCUGGCAGGCUGGCAGAGCUGUUCUCCUGCCUGCGGUCCCGCUCGAUUCCCGCAGCAUGACCCUUCCAGCAGGGCUCACCCCGGGCAAGGCUCUGCCCUCCGUCACUCGCUGUCCCAAAGUCCCAGACCCGCCUCAGCCUCGCUGCCUCUGUGGUAGGAAUGUGUUUCACAGGUGGUGGGGAGGGAUCAGAAAGGGGUUGGUUAAAGUAAGGUUGUUACUCUGAGGUUUACUGUUUUUACGUGCUUUGCUUUAACCAGCAGCUGGUUUGGUUACUUUGGGUGUUGGCACCAUAUUUUUAUGGUCAUGUGCUGUAUGAGUGACAAACCGUGCCACUGGUUGGAGGCUGGUGGGAGGCACCGCUUUCAGGCAGUACAGAAGUGAUGCUUUGGGCAAUUAAAGACAUUUCUUACAACCA